CGAGACGUUCAGGGGCAACUGGCUUGCUUGCAUGCGAGUACAUACACGAAUUAUUUCCACUGAUAAGUUAAACAUCGCGUAUUUGUGCGAAAAUGCGAAUUACCAUGAAGAUGUUGAUAUUAUUUAUUAUCAACGUUAUUUCGUCAUCGUUGACCGUUGAAGGUGAUAAAAACAUCGUCGAAGGACCUAGCGCAAUGACUAAAAUAGUCGGUUCUAAUGGUAGCGUCAAUGAAUCGAAAGUCAAUGGAGCUAAAAUCCUGCUGGAAAAAACAUCUUCGUUAAUUGCAGCUCCUGGUGCAUCUACUGUUAAAGUAAAAGAAGCCGAUGCGGUAACUCCUGCAACAGCAGCCGAUCCUCACAAAGGAGCCAAAGUGCUGCUCCACGUACCCAAAUCACCGGACGUUCUCCAAAAUUAUCCACCUUUAAUCACAACUGAUGAUAUACCUCACACUCCUAAAGCGGAAAAUAAAGCUAUUCCUUUGAUGUCAAACAUCGUACCUCAUUUUCCGGUAUUAGAAACAAAACCCGUCGUAAGAGGAUACAUGGAACGUCAGCAGAAAUUCAAAGCUUAUCCAAUGACCAAAGCUUGUCCGAUGACUCCAGUUGUUCAGAAAAUCGCUGGCGGGGAAUCCACAGUAGCGGACGAUACUAAAAUUAUGUCGAUUCUAGCGCCGAUUAUGGCCAAAGAAGAUAGGCCCGUUAAAAAGACAAAGCACACCAGACCCAAUCCAUCCGCGGGACAUCCUGAGGUGCAAGCUAGAGCCAUCGAAACCGAGCUAACACAUGUCCUAACCGACGAAUAUUUGAACCACGCUUUGUUGCCCAUAAUCGCCUAUCAUCCCGUGCCUUGCAUCGAAACCGAAAGGUACGAUGCAAAGAAUAAACAAGUUAUAAUACACCGAGGUGAUUAAAUAUUUUUCUGAUGUAAUAAAUUACUAAUAAAAUUUGCG